GUACUGACCAUCAUCUCAUACGACGCAAUCUCUUGGGUUCCUGAGGUUCAGGCGCCUUACGACCAGAUGCAUCUUGUCGCUUUCAUGGCGAUGCACAGGCGGGGCUCAAGCGUGUUCUCGCUGAUUAUGUUCCCGGUCUACAUCCUUGUUGCUACGCAGCACCAGUUUCGCUUUGCCCACACAAAUGUCUUCUGGAUUGUGCCGCUCGUUUUG